UUGUUCUGCUCUUUUUUAAGCGGCUUCGUCGCGUGCAGAUUGUGAAAAUUGUGUGUUUUUCAUUUACUGUUGUUAAACCGUGUGAAAACUGCAAAUCGAAAUAUGGCUGCAGACCAGGCACAAUUCCAACAGCUCCUCAGCUCCCUGUUGUCCGUGGACAACGAAGUGCGAAAACAGGCUGAGGAAGCGUACAACAAGAUUUCCCGGGAACUGAAGGUAACACACCUGCUGGGCAACAUUCACAAUGGCCAACAAUCGGAGGAGGCGCGCCAAAUGGCCGCAGUUCUGCUGCGUCGCCUCUUCACAUCUGAAUUUCUCGAGUUCUACAAAGGGUUGCCCGUGGACUCGCAGAAUCAGCUGUUGCAGCAGAUUUUGAUGGCCGUGCAACAGGAUGUGACACCGCAGCUGCGUCGCAAGAUAUGCGAAGUGAUCGCCGAGGUGGCACGCAGCCUGAUCGACGAGGAUGGCAACAAUCAGUGGCCGGACAUCCUACAGUUUCUGUUCCAAUGCGCCAAUUCGCCAACGCCCCAGCUGCAGGAGUCGGCACUGCGCAUCUUCAGCAGUGUGCCCUCGAUCUUUGGCAACCAGGAGACGCAAUACAUCGAUCUGAUCAAACAGAUGCUGGCCAAGAGCAUGGAGAAUACCGGCGAUGCUGAGGUGCGUGUUCAGGCCGUCCGUGCCAUUGGCGCCUUCAUUCUGUACCACGACAAGGAGAAGGAGGUGACCAUAUACAAGCAUUUCGGGGAUCUGUUGCCACGGAUGCUUGUCAUCACGGGCGAAACGAUUGAGGCGCAGGACGAUCAAAGUUUGCUCAAGCUGCUCAUCGACAUGACCGAGAAUUGUCCGAAAUUCUUGCGAGCACAGCUCGAGUACAUCUUUGAGAUGUGCAUGAAGGUGUUCAGCUCGCUGGACUUUGAGGAUAGCUGGCGGCAUCUGGUGCUCGAGGUGAUGGUCUCGCUAUCGGAGAAUGCACCAGCGAUGGUGCGCAAGCGUGCCGAGAAAUAUAUUGUCGCUCUCAUUCCGCUCGUGCUGCAAAUGAUGACCGAUCUGGAUGAGGACGAGAACUGGGCGACAGCCGAUAUCAUCAAUGAGGAUGAUCACAGCGACAACAAUGUGAUUGCCGAAUCAUCGCUGGAUCGCUUGGCCUGCGGCCUUGGCGGCAAAAUGGUGUUGCCCCAUGUGAUGAACGCCUUGCCGGGCAUGCUGAAUCAUACCGAUUGGAAGCAUCGGUUCGCCGCUCUCAUGGCUAUCUCAGCGAUUGGUGAGGGUUGCCACAAGCAAAUGGAGGCCAUACUCGAUCAGGUGAUGUCUGGUGUCCUCAACUAUCUGCGCGAUCCCAAUCCCCGUGUGCGAUACGCCGCCUGCAAUGCCAUCGGCCAAAUGUCCACCGAUUUUGCACCGACCUUUGAGAAGAAGUUCCACGAACAGGUUGUGCCCGGCCUGCUGCUGCUGCUGGACGAUGAGCAGAAUCCGCGCGUGCAGGCGCAUGCCGGUGCCGCUUUGGUUAACUUCAGCGAGGAUUGCCCCAAACAUAUAUUGACACGCUAUUUGGACGCAAUCAUGGGCAAACUGGAGAACAUUCUCAACUCGAAGUUCACCGAGCUUGUCGAGAAGGGCAACAAACUGGUGCUGGAGCAGGUGGUGACCACCAUUGCCUCUGUGGCGGAUACGUGCGAACAGGAAUUUGUCGCUUACUACGAUCGCCUGAUGCCCUGCCUCAAGUUCAUCAUCCAGAAUGCCAAUUCGGAGGAGUUGCGCAUGCUGCGCGGCAAGACCAUCGAGUGUGUUAGCCUCAUCGGUCUCGCUGUCGGUCGCGAGAAGUUCAUUGGCGAUGCCGGCGAGGUGAUGGACAUGCUGCUGAAGACCCACACCGAGGGUGAACUGCCCGAUGAUGAUCCGCAGACAUCGUAUCUGAUUACCGCAUGGGCGCGCAUGUGCAAGAUUUUGGGCAAGCAAUUCGAGCAGUAUUUGCCGUUGGUUAUGGGUCCGGUGAUGCGCACCGCUGCCAUGAAACCGGAAGUGGCGCUGCUCGACAACGACGAGGUCGAGGAUCUCGAGGGCGAUGUCGAAUGGUCGUUCAUCACCCUCGGUGAACAGCAGAACUUUGCCAUACGCACCGCCGGCAUGGAGGACAAGGCAUCCGCCUGCGAGAUGCUCGUCUGCUAUGCACGCGAACUGAAGGAGGGCUUCGCCGAGCACGCCGAGGAGGUGGUCCGCCUCAUGCUGCCCUUGCUCAAGUUUUAUUUCCACGAUGGCGUUCGAUCGGCGGCAGCCGAAUCGUUACCGUAUUUGCUGGACUGCGCCAAGAUCAAGGGACCAAACUAUUUGGUUGGCAUGUGGCUGUACAUUUGUCCUGAACUGAUUAAGGUGAUCAAUACCGAACCGGAGCCGGAUGUGCAAUCCGAGUUGCUCAAUUCGCUGGCGAAAUGCAUUGAGACCCUUGGCCCCAACUGCCUUAACGAGGAGUCCAUGAAACUGGUGCUGGAGAUAAUCAAUAAGUAUGUCCUGGAGCAUUUCGAGCGUGCCGAUAAGCGUCUGGCUGCCCGCACCGAGGAGGAUUACGAUGAUGGCGUUGAGGAGGAGCUGGCCGAACAGGAUGACACCGACAUCUAUAUACUAUCCAAGGUGGUGGACAUCAUACACGCCCUCUUCCUAACCAGCAAGGAGCAGUUUUUGCCCGCCUUCGACCAGGUGGCACCGCACUUUGUCAAGCUUCUCGAUCCCAAUCGUCCGUUCGCCGAUCGCCAGUGGGGCAUUUGUGUUUUCGAUGAUCUUAUUGAAUUCUGUGGACCUGCUUGUACGCCGUAUCAGCAUAUUUUUACGCCUGCUCUGCUGCAGUAUGUGGUGGAUAAGUCGCCGGAUGUGCGCCAGGCGGCUGCGUAUGGCUGCGGUGUUUUGGGCCAAUUUGCUGGCGAUCAGUUUGCGCAUACAUGCGCCCAGAUCAUUCCACUGCUGGUGCAGGUCAUCAACGAUCCGCGGGCACGCGAUGUGGAAAACAUAAAUGCGACGGAGAAUGUGAUAUCGGCAUUUGCCAAGAUACUCAAAUACAACAAGAGCGCAUUGACCAAUUUGGAUGAGCUGAUUGGCGUUUGGUUCGCCAGCCUGCCCAUAUCCGAAGAUCCCGAGGAAGCCGCCCACAUCUAUGGCUAUCUGUGCGAUCUGAUUGAGGCCAAUCAUCCAGUGAUUUUGGGCGCCAACAAUUGUAAUCUGCCACGCAUCGUAUCGAUAAUUGCGGACACCUUCUGCACCAAGGUGCUCGAGGCGCAGAGUCCAUCGGGCACCCGCAUGUUAACCAUUGUCAAGCAAAUUGAAUCCAAUCCGGAUGUGAUGCAGGCCUGCGCGAGCACCUUGAGUCCCGAGCAGCAGCAGGCGCUCCAGGAUGCCUAUCGGGAGCUGGCCACUGCACCACCAACCGCAACCUAAAAAAGCAGCUCCUGCAGCUAGAGCAGCCUUCAGCUCCAUUAUAUAUGCAUUAACAAAGAAAACCUAAAAAAAAGAAGAAUACUAGGAUUUUGACAUUGAAAUCAUCGGCUGAAAAAUAUAGGAAAAGCAGAAUGCUUUUUUUCUCUUCGUUAUUCGUCACAUUUGAUGGAGCAAGUUCUCGCCAAAUGCGUUAAAAAUUACGUUAUAACAAAACUUACAUAUAUAUAUAUAUAUAACUUAUAUAUAAACAUAAAUCAACUUCACAUAUAUACAAAUUAUAUGUGCCAAUAGGGCUUAUAAUUCUAUAUAUAUAUAUACAUAUAUAUAUAUAUAUAUAUUGUGAUUUCAAUCGAAACUCGUCUCCCGCUCCCGCAAGGGAAAGUUUUUGGAAGGAAAACCAAUUAAAAAAGUCUGCGUCUCGUUAGAAUUUGA